AUGAAGGCGUCGAGACUAACUCCCAAGUGUCUGGCGCUUCCAAGGUCCUCGUCCAGCCUUGGCGGAGGACUUGGCUAUGAUAUGAUUUGGCGGGAUAUGAAGUUCAUUUUGUACUCCGAUGACAAGGUAGUGGAUACUCGGUGCUUAGGUAUCUUGAGGAGCUGCAAUGCAACCCAACGGCUCCAGAUUGAAACCGGGUUGAACGAGAGCAUCGCUCUAGCUGCCCAUGCCAAGGCUCACAUUCUGCGUUGGGGCAAUGAAAGUGCCAUCUACCGCAAGUACUUUGGUCAUAGUCCUUCCAUCGAAGCCAUUGGCGCCUACGAUAUUGUCGUCAACGGAGACAGGGGAGGCGUUCUCUUCCGUUGUGACAACCCAGACGGGAACUGUCAAUUAAAUGGAUGGGGCGGCCAUUGGCGCGGCGAAAAUGCAACCGACGAGACCGUCAUCUGCGAUCUAAGCUACACCUUGCGACGCUCGCUCUCCACCCUCUGCUCAAUGGGAUACACCGUGUCUGGAUCAAAGACAAAUACCUUCUGGGCCGCGGACCUGCUGCAUCGGCUCUACCAUAUGCCGGCGUUUGGACAGGGUCGUGUCGAACACUUUGCCGAUGACUACGACGGGGUUAGGAAGUUGACCAUUGGGAAUCGCUCCGUUUCGACACGGGACUCCAACACGUUGCAGUAUUUUGCACUCGAGGCGUAUGCGUUUGAUCUUGUUGUACCGGGGGUAGGAUGUUCUGGGGAUCAUGAUGAGGGCCAUGAUGAUAAUGAAUUGCCAUACCCAUGA